GUUGCUGACAGUGCUGUUUGGAGCGGCUGUCGGUCGGAUAGUGUGUGGAGGUCCACGGACACGGAGACAUGAGCGCAGAGUGACUGGAAUCUCUUCAAAGGGACAAUAAAAAAUCAAACCCUUGCCGGGUUUUCGUUUGCGUCACCCUGGGCGCUUAAACUGGAUUUAUUUUCAGCCUAUGUUUUCUUUAUUCCCCUCUGUGAGCUGGAGUUGCUGCUUAAACUGAGCAUGCUUUUUUAUCGUUGUCUUUGUUUCACGUGAGACUUGAUUAAGAUCUCGGGGCUGCGGACCAGGUCGCCCGCUUCAGGGAUUGAGAGAGAGAGGCUAAUCAUUCAGGCAGCAGCCCAACUUUUUUUUUUUUUUUAAAUCCCCAGUCCGGACAGGGAUGUCUUUGACUCGCGUGGAUUAUAUUGCGCCCUGGUGGACUUACUGGCUUCACAAUUUCCCCCACAUCAACCUUAGGUUUCAGCCUACUGACAAGAGCUUCCAGCCGGAAGAUGAGAACUACCAGCAGUCUCUCAUAUUCCUGGGCUGUGUGGCGGCGGCAGGACUCGGCCUUAACCUGCUAUGUUUGGCCAUCUACCUGAGCUGUCUGUGCUGCUGUCGCAAGGAGGAAGACGAGGAAACCAAGAAGCCCAACUCGUGCUGUGUCACCUGGUCGGCUGUUGCAGCAGGUCUUAUUACAUGCAUCUCGGUGGGCGUGGGUUUCUAUGGCAACAGUGAGACCAAUGACGGCGUGUACCAGCUGACCUACUCCCUGUACAAUGCCAACCACACCCUGGGUGGUGUGGACAGUCUGGUGACAGGCACCAUGGGCAACAUGAGGACUGGUCUGCACCAGCACCUGGCGAGGUUGGAUGAGAUUUUCGCCACGCGGGGCGACUACGUGCAGACUCUGCAGUUCAUGCAGCAGAUGGCGGACAACGUGAUCAAACAGUUGCUGGGGAUUCCUGACUGGGACCAGGCUAAAGUGGACCUGGCGACCGCCGCUGAUCAGACUGCAAAUAUAGAGUACUACAGAUGGCUAACCUACCUUCUGCUCCUCAUCCUGGACCUGAUUAUCUGCCUGCUCGCCUGCCUGGGCCUGGCCAAGCAGUCCCGCUGGCUCCUUACCACGAUGAUGGUGUUUGGCGUGCUGACUCUGAUCCUGAGCUGGACUUCUCUGGGCGCUGACCUCGCUGCUGCUGUGGGCACAAGCGAUUUCUGCGUGUCGCCUGACAAGUACGUCAUGAGUCAGACAAAGGGGAUCAUCACUUCCGAUAUCGUCCACUACUACCUUUAUUGCAACCAGACUCUCUCCAACCCUUUCCAGCAGCCCCUGACCAUCUUCCAGAGGUCCCUCACCACCAUGCAGAUCCAGAUCCAGGGUCUUCUGCAGUUUGCUGUGCCCCUGUUUCCCACAGCUGAGAGGGAUUUACUGGGUAUCCAGCAUUUGCUCAACUCCUCCGAGGCGAGCCUGCACCAGCUAACGGCUCUUCUGGACUGCAGGGGGCUCAACAAGGACUACCUGGACGCAAUGGUGGGGGUGUGCUACGAUGGCGUGGAGGGCAUGCUGUAUCUCUGUCUCUUCUCCGUCCUCGCUGCCUGUGCCUUUACUGUCAUGCUGUGCGCCAUUCCUAGGGCACUGAGGCAAAUCGCCAGCAGAGAACGAGAUUACGACGACAUAGACGAGGAAGACCCGUUCAACCCACGAGCCAGGAGGACGGUCUCUCAGAACCCCAAUCACGCCAACCUGCACAGCUUCUGCAGCUACAGCAGCAGCAUGGGCAGCCAGAGCAGCCUGCACCCUCCUGCGCCGACUAUCUCCAACCCCCCCAUGUCCGAGUACAUGAACCAGACAGCUCUUUUUGGAGGAAAUCCGCGGUAUGAGAACGUGCCUCUGAUAGGAAGAGGCUCCCCACCUCCCUCGAUAUACUCUCAGCCGUAUAGAAAUCCAGUAAGUCUUUUUCUACUUCUCCUAAGGAUUAAAUUCUUCCCUCUCCCUCUGUUGUACAGUAUCACCACCUCUGUGUCACUUCAUGUCACUUUGGUUCCUCGUGCAGUUUUUUCCUCGUUUGGCAUGGCUUUCACCCUUUUUCUUGUCCUCAUUCCAGAUGACUUCCCGUUUCACAUAGAACAGGGUCAUGUCUCCCCCUGGUGUUCGCAGGGUGGUAGCUCCCACUGUGCAUGCAGUCCUGAUUCAGUUACUACAAUCUGCAACUUGAGCUGAUACUCCCCUACGAUGAGGGCCACCUACCUCUCCAUGAGUGAAGGGCAGAGCAGACACUUUGGAAGCGACUUCCAAGCCUAGACUUCUAUACGUCUGUGAGGAGGGAACCCGCACAAAAGCCAGGAGCAGCUGGUGGAUGCUUCACAGCGGACGGACUUUAAGAUCUCUGCAGUCCAGAACUCCUGCCUGUGCAGUGUCAGGCCGAUGGAAAAAAAAAAGAAAGAAAAAAAACACAACUCUGUGCUGUUCUUCGCUACAGUGCCUUGCAAAAGUAAUU